AUGUUUAAGCACCUAGAAGUUAAAAAAAAAAACACAUUGUCCUUGUAUGCUCAACUCUUAAAAUUUUAUAUAUUUUCAGAAUUUAAAGAGGCUUUCAGUCUGUUUGAUAAAGAUGGUGAUGGUACUAUAACAACUAAAGAAUUAGGUACUGUAAUGAGAUCUUUAGGACAGAAUCCAACAGAAGCAGAAUUACAAGAUAUGAUCAAUGAAGUGGAUGCUGAUGGUAAUGGUACUAUCGAUUUCCCAGAAUUCUUAACAAUGAUGGCUCGUAAAAUGAAAGAUACAGACAGCGAGGAGGAGAUUCGAGAAGCAUUUAGAGUUUUUGAUAAAGACGGCAAUGGAUUCAUCAGUGCGGCUGAAUUACGACAUGUUAUGACAAAUUUAGGUGAAAAAUUAACUGAUGAAGAAGUAGAUGAAAUGAUUAGAGAAGCAGAUAUAGAUGGGGAUGGACAAGUAAAUUAUGAAGAAUUUGUGACAAUGAUGACCUCAAAGUAGCUGUCUUUCGUGUAUACCUGUCGUUCAAAUCUUGUUUUUUUUUUCAUCCUUUGUAAAAUAUCUGUGCCAAUGAAGGUGUUUGUCUGUAACUGUAAAUAUUCUUGUUAAUUUUACUGUCAACCUUCUUAAUUCUUAAAUAAGAAUCGAAGGCUUUUUGUUUUUAAUACAUCUUACCCAUCCUAAUAUUUGGAGUCAAAUUUUUAACAGCAAAAAUUCCACUUCUUUUAAUUUGAAAUUAAUGUCUAUCACUAUUUAAGUCCUCUGAUUUGGUAAAAAUGCUACCAUUUUUUACUUGACACUUCUAAAUUUUCCCUGCCAAUUUUUUAAUUUUUUCAAGUAGUAGCUUAUCUUUCAAACGGGCAACAGCAAAUAAUGGUAAUACUAGGAGGAACAUAUCAUUGGAAGGUUUAACGUCUGAUGUUUGGGGUGUGUCCGAUUGUUGUAUUGUCGUCUGUUUUGUUUGUCUGAACUACUACCAGAAAAUCCAUAAACUGAGUUAUAUGUAAUGUCCAUAAAGUAUGUCUUAAAUCUCACUCUCACUGAAUACAAUAUGGAACUGGAUUAAUAUUUGAAUUUUUUAUGCCUGGUUAGAGUUAUUAUAGAAGGAAUUUGAGCAUCAGUUAAAUAAAGAUAAGUAGGAUAGAGAAUAUACUACAUUUAGUAUAUAUCUAAUUCUUGCUGUAGAAGUUAACUAAAUUGGAGGGAAUAGGUUAUGCUGAAAAGUUUAAAGAGAGUAUAUGAGCUACUCAAUUCAAUAUUGCCCUACGUUUCUGUAUCCAAUGAGAGUGAAAUUUGAAUCAAGUGUAUAUAUUACCAUGUUUAUUAUACAUUGAGGCACAUCUGUAAUCAUUUAUGAUUGGUUGAUUUUGAGCUAUUGGUCAAUUCAUUGAUUGUGGGUGUUGCUUGUUACAGCAUUGCUCAGGAAAGAUUUAUGGAGCACCAGUUAUGUCAAAUUUGAUUGUCAGAUGUACUGGCAUUUGACACAAUUCCAUGUACGCAUUUGUUUGAUUGUUUUGUUAAGGUUAGCUACGCAAUUUAAAACUAACAAAAUUUGUCAUGAUUGGUGUUCCAUAAUUUCUCAUUCAAGACAAAUAUGAAUGAUGGGUCAUUUUACGCAGCAAUUGGUGCAAACAGCCUUCUACAAGGCAUGGAGGAAAUUUUUCGUUAAUGGGCUUUUUAGCUUUUAGUUUUCGGUGACAGGUUAAAGUUUCAGACUUUUUCUACUUUUUCUUAUAAUUGUAUCCUUUAAGAGGUAUAACUCUGUAUUAGUAUGUAUAUUACGUAAUAAUUGGAGACGACAUUAUUUAUUAGUGAUAAAAACCUAGAUUUCAGAUCUUCAUUACACCUAGUACUGAGUAAUUACACACAAUCUACUAGUGGUAAUCAAGUGGUGCCUAAACCUCAGUCACGAUUCAAAUAUCUUGAAUCUAUAAAUUUAGUCCCUUAAUUGUUUGGAACAGAUUUGGUAACACACUUUUGAAAAGAGACUUGAAUUUAAUUACAUCUAAAAUACUGAAAUUUACUGAAAUUCAAACUCAUCCACUGAUUAUCAUUAGUUAGAUUUGGUGGUAACUUGUAUUGCAAUUUAGUAUACACAAAUUUUAAAUAAUUUUAUUUCUUUGCUUUCCACCACUGAACCAUCAAUCAAGCUUGCAAAUGCUUUUAGAAAUUUUAAUUCUAAAUUUUUACCUAUGUAUUUGAGAUUUUAUGCUUUUAAACUUAUUUGCAACUAACAAACUUGCAGCAAACUUGAAAUUGGUGAACAAAUUAACAGAUAUUUUAGAAGUUUUGACUAAUUCCAUCUAAAAAAUUUCCAAAGAACCUUUCCAAAUUGUUUAAAUGAAGUAAUUAUUGAAGACAAUUAAAAAUAAGGAGAUAAGUAAAGUAAAAACUGAACGAGAUGAUGCUGUGAUUGGCAAGAUAAUAAAAUUAAAAGGUUUCUAUGACAACAAUAUUUGAUUGAUGUUUAUUUAUGUUUAUUAUUUUACAUGUUUACUUGCUUACAUCCAUAAUCACUUCUCUUCAGAUGAAAUAAAAUGUAAAUGUCACAGAAAG